AUGUCCUCGACUGACAACAUCACGAAUCUUCUACACAAUGUCUCCCUUAAUGACCCUAUCCGCAACCAUCCCGAGCCUGCCUCUCCACCCAAAUCCUUCCUCCACUCCAUGAACGAAAAGCUAGCCCAGAGACCACGGAAGCAGAGACCUCGGACCAAGGGCAGUCACGUCCAAUGGAAAAGUCGUACGGUAGCAGUUAUAGAUCCGUCGUUGUACUACGUUGUAGAUGAUCAGAGAGACUUUCUAGGGGUGUACUCGACGACAGCUACGGCCACGAAUGCGGCGAGACUAGCUGGGGCCUUUGAAGGCAGACUUGCUAGUUGGGUAGAGGAUGGCCUGAUGGGUGGAGUAGGGGUGCGUAUCUUGCCGCAAAAGCUGAGUGAUGAUCGGAGCUCGGUACAGAACGCAAGGAAAGAGGAGCUCGAGAACAACAUCGAAAAGAGGGAAACGGAAAAUGAACUGCCCGUAGAAACUCCGAACGAUCUCGAGUUCAGCCAGCACAACACAAAGCCUCUCGAUCUCUCACAAGAUGACGAAUCGAGUCAGCAAGAUCAGACCACCACGCCCGGAAAUCCACCAGUAAAUGCAGAUACUACAGCAAAAGAAACCAUACCACCCAAUGUUGCACUUAACACGACAACGAAGUCCUCCAUCAAAAGCGUAUAUGUAGCACUGGAUCACUCACUUUGUCUUGGUCUCUUCACUGAGAAGUCCAUGGCUUGGGAAGCCUGCAUGAAGCACAAGACGCAAAUGACGUACUCCGUAGAUUUGCGGCAUGCAAGGCAGUGGGUUGAUAAAGAUGGUAUGCCGUAUCUGGAAGGUAUGAUUGGUGGGAGUGGGAGGCAUUGUUGGCAUGUGAGGCCAUGCGUUGUAGAUGAGAUGCCCAAAAGAAGACAGAGAGGGUCGUAA